AUCAGAAAUUGGAUGCAUGGAUGGAUAGAUAGUGGAGCACCCUCAACAAAUCAUGUGUUUCUUGCUGCAUUUUUGGACUCCAUGCUGCUCGGUGAGCUGUCCACUUCAGCACCACAAGCCGAGCACAGGCUGCGGGGACUUUGCUAAUGCCGCAAAGGAAGAACGAAGAGGACCAAGCCACGGCUCCACAACAACAGCACCAGCUACCCAGCGCACAAGAGCGAGGAACGCACGCCGAUAGCGGCUGGGGACGCCUCCGAUUACCUGUCCGAAGACUGCGGGAAAGGAAAGACUACAGUCAUCAUGUAUGAUGCAGCGAGGGUGCCAACUCCCAACGAUGGUGCAAACGGGCUCACCAAACCAGCUGCGCCUGCGGCAGGACCAGAUAUGGGGGCAACAACGGAAGGAGGCGGCCUAACGCCACCAACGACCCUACAAGCAAAACCUGAAGAAGGACAGCCAGGUGCAGAGGAAGAAGAACCACAGCCGGUCUUGGUUAAAAAACCACGGAGAGAGAUCUUGGACCAUGACAGGAAGAGGAGGGUAGAACUCAAAUGUAUGGAGCUCCAAGAAAUGAUGGAAGAACAAGGGUACACGGAGGAGGAGAUUCAACAAAAAGUGAGCACAUUCCGACAAAUGUUGAUGGACAAAGAGGGGGUCAUCACCAGAGACGGAUCACAACCAGUGGUCAACCACAUGCACUACUACCCAGAGGAUGACGGUGAAUUGCCUGCCGAUGAAGAUGGAGACUACGCCGAUGAUUAUCACAGUGACAACAGAGGAAAGAGAAAAUCAAGCAGCUCUCCAUCCCCACGACCAAAGAAAAGAAAGAAGAAGAAAUCUGGCCGUCGAAGAAGUCGGUUUGGCAGCUCAUCACCCAAUCGCAAACAGAAGAAGAAAAAGAGUGGGAAGAAACACAAGCAUGCCAGGUCGGCAUCAGGCUCCACCAAAAAGAGGAGAUACAGGUCAAGCAGCCCAAAGGACAAACACAAAGAUAAGAAUAAACAGAAAAAGAGGUCCCCCGCAGAGACCCCCGGGAGGAGCGUACAGCGUCAAGGCAGCUGUUGCAGCAGCCGCAGCGCUUCUCUGUCAUCCGCUGGGAGCGCCUCCAAAUCUCCCAGCAGACUGAACUCCAAGCACAAGAGAGGUGGAAAGAAGGCAGCAAGUGCUUCACUAUCCCCCGGCCCCGACAGUCCCACCGCUUGCCAUAAUGGAGACCACCCCAAGCGCAGUCACAACUGCCACAAAGCCGGCAGACUCAACCACACAGAUGGUGAUAAGGUGCAAGAUAAGCCGCGGAUACCGGCUCCCGGCUCCAAGAUCAUCCAGUCCACUUUGCUGAAAGAACAAAAGCUCUAUAGCGCCCCCAGCAGGAACCAAGCAGUGCCGACCUGCACCGCGGGUGAAGCUGGAAGUGUGGACAGCGGGAACACAUCAGGGAGGAGAGCGAGUCAGCGAGGACGGAAUAAGGGCUGCCACUCUCCUGCUCACAGCAGCGACUCGGCACGUUCCCACAACAACCACGCUCACAGAGGAAGGAGCAGCCGCCAUCAGAGAAAGACAAAAAGCAGCCAUUCCUCCAAGCGUCACCACCGCUCCGGUCGAGGUCAGGCCCACAAUCGCAGCCCAUCAGCCUCGUCAGGCCGACACUCUCACACGUCAAGCAGAAAGAAAGAGGUGUCGCGGAGCAAACAGAACAGGCAUCGCAGCAGCUCCUGGAGCAGCGAACGCUCAUCGUGUGCCCACAGGGACCGUGGCCUCAGCACGACCAAGUCCCCUCACAACAGACAGAACGCCUCAAGAGACAGGGACAGCCCAAACCGCUGCGACAGCGACACAGACAGCCGGGCCCGCCGCCGCUCUCGCAGUUACUCGCCCAUUCGCAAACGGAGGAGAGAUUCACCCAGUUUCAUGGAGGCUCGCAGGAUUACCAGGGACCAAAAGUAAUGGGACAAUUGGCUUCUCAGCUGUUCCAUGGCGAGAUGGGCAUGUGAGUUCACAAGCUGCAAAACUGCUUUUACUGCUUUUAGUGUUGUUUUACACUCCUCACGAGCCACAAAAAUUUUUGCGUUGUGAGUUUUGUCAUUCGGCUACUUGUACGAGGGUUGUAAGUGGUACCAAAAGCGCAGAAACAUUAACAGCUGGACAUGCAAUCAAAAGGUUAGGGUUGGUCAAAUUAAGUUCAAGUGUAAAGGUUAUAAUGUAUUUUCGGUUCGUGGUGAAAUUUCACCCCUAACUUUUUGUGUCAUGUCUAAUCUCCAGUGAAAUAAUAAACAUGAUGGCAUCAAAAUCAAAUUUGUAUUUGGUUUCCUUGAAUAUCAAAAGGCCAGCAUCACAAAUCGAAUUAUUUAAAAAUUAAUUUCAAGCUGUCAAAUAGUCCAUUUAAGGUGCGACACAAUAGGAAGGUUGUUCAAGUAAAUAUAUUAAACGGUACAACCGAAGUAAGUAUACACUUUUAUUUAGAAUAGAUACAUUCACUACAACAAGAGCAUGCAUAAAAUAGGGCCAGCAGACUAUACUGCAAUUAUCAUUUUUUUCCACCUGAAAUUUGUGUCAAGUGUCAAAUCAAUUGUCACCCCUUGGCGUACGUGGACAGAAAUAAAUGAUUGUUAAAAAGGUAAAAUGUGCUUUCGUCUUUCACUCCAGCCCUCAAAGGUUCUGAUGCUGAGACAAGGAGAUGCGCCUGAGCUGCGGGCCAGUUGCCGUGGUAACUGUUGCCGCGCAGUAGGACCCAGCUAGUCUGAGUCCUGAAGCUUUGACUGAGCAGUAAAACAUCCCCAGAGUAAACCUGGCUUCCUCCUGUUUUUUUUUUAAUCUCUCUCUCCUCCUCCACACCCCUUUCCUGAAAUUCACAGCAACUCUAAAACUCUGCCCACUCACUAAUAUAACACAAUUUACAAACGCUAUCAAGGUUCUUUCUUGCUCUUGCUUGUGCGUUGCCAUGGCGCGUUGGCUCAA